UGGAUGUCGUGGACGAAGCUAGCAAGUCCUUCGGAGCGCCUCGAGUAUACCCGCCUUACCCUUAACCCCUCUUGCUCCAAUACCAGAACCGAAACCCGCACCCAAAUUACAGAAAAAAUGGGAAGGAGAGCUUAUCGUAUCCGACAGUGUUUUAUGUCGGGUGCAUGUCGAACCCGUUGUCGGGCCUUCGUCGCGGUUGUUACCAGUCCUGCUUCGGUCUCUUACGGCACUGAAAAUGACACAAUCAUAUCCGGCGUAUGGUGUUCACUACUUUUUGACUGCUGCAUAUGAGUCUCCCUCCGAAUUUGCCAGAGUGACGGCUGACGUCCAGAGUACCCAAUGUCUGCAGAAUCUAGGGUCGUAUAUGGAGCAUGAGUCCAAAGCUAGCUUUCUUGUCGCCAGCGAGUCAUUUGGAACUAGCGUGUUCUUGAUGUACUCACCUAAAAUCACCAUCCCGUUCAUCACUCUACCACCUAUAGUCAAGGCCACUGCAGUACCGCUGGUCAUCGUAUUAUUGAUAAAGAAGAAUUCCCGUCCACUUCCACUGGAAAAAAUCAAAUCCAUCUCGCGUCGUAGUCUCCCUCCGAUUCCCAGAACUGACACCCUCUACUCCAACCCGAUGUACCAGAUUGCGGCACGCCAUUUUGGUGUCUCGAAGACUUUUAUCGACUACAUUAGAGGGAAGGACUAUUGUAUCUACACUGCAGCGUGCUCGACGGAACCGUCAUUGUGGCCAGCGGCUCCUGAUUGGACGGCGGAUGAUCCGGAGAGUAGGCGACUAUUUAAAUUGCUUACUUUGUUGGACGCAAAGCGAAAGGGUUGGAUAAGCUUGGAGACGGACGUCGUCUUCAUCCAUGCAGACACGUGGGACUCCACCGAAACACCCAUGACUUCAUCCCUUGUAACGCGGGCAGCGCAAUCGGAGACUCAGUUCUUCAGGUUUGGGACCUCUUUGGCGCCUCUUUAUGGAGAGCAACCGCAUGUGAAGGCGGUCUUCCCAAUUGGCGGUAUCCUAACCUUCACGCCCCGUGCAAUCUUUGAAAAAUGCGAGAAAGUCUUUCAGCUCAUUGACCAAGCCGCGAACAACACGUUUUGGCAGGUUUAUGUUCAUGCGGAGACAAUUGGCCUUCUUAACCUCCUUGUUCAUGAACCAAAGGCCCCUCCGUCAUGCUCUCAUGCCUUGGUCGGCAUUCUCGCAAGACUGAAGAGUAACAGUUUUGAUAAAACAUGCCUUUGCAUCACAUCAAGCCUCCCUCCCCCCAAUCUGAUGUGACAACCACUCAAGAUCUACACGAAGCAUGGAUGUACGAACAAUUCAAAUUCAGGGAUCUCUAUGAGGACGAAGAUUCACUUGUUGCGGCGUGCGUCUCCCGCUUACGUCAGAAAUAUUGUAAACGAGAGAAAUUGGAUGGGUGGGAACCAGGGAGGGACGGGGAGACUGACACGAAGUCUGAAGACAUGGGCAUGAAGAUAGACACAGGAUCCGAUGAGAACGAUGAUCUUGUUGAGAUGGAAGGAUUCGUGAAUCAGUUAGUGGCGAUGGAUCUGAUGGACAUGAGACGACAACCCUAUUUGUAUACGUCGUAUCGACAG